AUCUAAUAUGAGAGCUACCAUGAUAUUCAAGCUCAUUGUUUAUUCAUCUACAAAUUUUUCUUGAAAAAUAGAAGAUUUUGUAAGAAAAUAGCUUGUGAGAAAAUUCAGCAAAAUUAGGGGAAAAAUGUAUAAAAAUUAAAUACUACGUAUAUAAAGAGGAAUGUCUACUAGUCUGUUGCUAGUAUAGUCAUUAUGUCAGCCAUGAUAAGGAAUAAAAGAAGCUGGUUGCAGGACUAAGAUUGAUUAUGUGCGUAAUGGUGUCACCAAUGCAGCCUGAUAUCGAAUCCAAAAAGAUGAGAGGAAAAGCUGUUCCUGGGAAAGCUAUAGUGUUACUCUGCAUUGCCAGCUUUCUGGCGGGAACACUCUUUACUAGUCAGACUUGGAGCCGUCAUAAAUCGGAGGUUAAAGAACAGGUUGCACUCAUCCCUGCCCACGUUAAAACUAAGAAGCUCCAAGCCACAGCAAUGGCGAAGAAUGUGGAUCAUAAUAAGCGCAUUUUGGUUGAAGGAAAACCUGGAGAUAUUAUGGGGGAAGUUGCUAAGACACACCAAGCAAUUCAAUCCCUGGAUAAGAAAAUCUCAGCUUUGGAAAUGGAGCUAGCUGUAGCUCGGACGAAUCAAGCAGACCCCAAAAUAACAGGUGAAAAGGCAUCUAAUCAUACUCUACAGAAGGCUUUCGUGGUGAUUGGAAUCAACACUGCAUUCAGUAGCAGAAGACGGAGAGAAUCUGUCAGAGAAACAUGGAUGCCUCAAGGUGAGAAAUUUAAGUGUGUUAGAACUAUUAUUGUGUUAUACAAUUACCUUAUCAGCUUAGUUCAUGAUGCAGGCGAGAAACUAAAGAAAUUGGAGCAAGAAAAAGGCAUAGUGAUUCGGUUUGUGAUAGGACACAGUGCAACACCUGGAGGAGUUCUUGACAAAACAAUUGAUGCAGAAGAAGCAGAGUACGACGACUUCCUUCGCCUCAACCAUGUUGAAGGUUACCAUGAGCUUUCCACCAAGACGCGACUGUAUUUUUCCACAGCAGUUUCUCUAUGGAAUGCAGAGUUUUAUAUGAAAAUCGAUGAUGAUGUUCAUUUAAAUUUGGGCACAUUAGUCACUUCUCUAGCAAGAUACCGAUCAAAACCCAGGAUAUAUAUUGGCUGCAUGAAGUCUGGACCUGUUCUAUCUCAGAAAGGUGUGAAGUAUCAUGAACCAGAACACUGGAAAUUUGGAGAAGAGGGAAACAAAUAUUUCAGACAUGCUACUGGUCAAAUCUACGCCAUUUCCAGGGACCUUGCGAGUUACAUAUCUAUUAAUGCACCCAUUCUACACCGCUAUGCUAAUGAAGAUGUUUCUCUGGGUGCCUGGUUAUUUGGCUUGGAAGUUGAACAUGUCGAUGAUCGUUCCAUGUGUUGUGGAACACCUCCAGACUGUGAAUGGAAAUCACAAGCAGGAAACGUAUGUGUAGCUUCAUUUGACUGGUCUUGCAGUGGAAUAUGCAAAUCAGUCGAGAGGAUGAAAGACGUACAUGAUUCCUGUGGAGAAGGAGAUGCUGCAGUUUGGAAUGUAGAUCUCUGAGACUACCAGCCUGGUCUAUCAAGGUGUAGAUACAGGAAGGUAGAAUAGAAACUUAAGUGGGUGCUCAAAAUUUAUUUACUGUACCUUUUUGUUAAUCUGUAUUAUGGAAGCCUUCUCUGUUUUGGAGUACUUUUAGGGGAGCGAGGGGGUUAAUACAUUUACAUAAUCCGAGUACUUCAUUAUUUCCUCUGAUAAUUCAUGUCUCAAGACCUGAAAUAUGCAGACUAGUUAUCUAAGCUGAACAAAGGCGUCCAUUUUCUUGCAUAACCCCAUUAACCCAAUAGUUAAGCAGCAAAAAAGAAUAUGACACAAUUCGGGGCAGUACAAGUGAAGAGGCAUGCCAUAUUGGCUACU